GUUGGUUCGGGAGGAAGCAGCGUUGAUCUCCGCUCGGACCUUGGAGGGUUACAUUUACCCAAAACUUAUUUUCAAAUGGGCCCCGUCGCCUAGCGUUUACUCCCCCAGCCGCGCCGACUGAGUUGAAUUGGGUGCUACUGAACAUCAGCACGUCUGGGUCCCUAUAAGGUUUCCAUCAAGCACAGCUUACAGCGACCAACAACAGCAGAAUGGCAGCUAUUCCAGCAGGCGGUUCUCUCGUGGCAACCACUGAUUACUACCGAAGGCGCAUCGGCUCUACGUCCAGCAGCAGCUCUUGCGGCAGUUCGGAGUACAGCGGCGAGGUCAUCCCUCACCAUCCAGGACUCCCCAAGCAGGACUCUGGCCAUUGGUGGUCCAGUUUCUUCUUUGGGAAGCAGCCAGGGAUGACCCCACUGACUGAGGAGGCACAGCAGAAGGCGGGGGUCCCAGGUGCGGUGACCAACGGUCAGAUCACCUGCGUUGCCAGGGAGAUGGUGAUGCAGCGACAGGCGAGUGAGAGCAGCGAUGCAGGAAGUCCCACCUCCUCCUGAUCCGCCAGCCUCACUCUGAUCCACACCGCGCCUCGGGAGGAGUCCAACCAACGACCAACGCUAGGUGACGGGAGGGUGUCCCGUUUACAACCUUAUUAGUUUUUGUUUUUUUUAUAUUAUUCAUCGUAGGAUAGGCUGCCUAACUCGGUUUUGUUUUGGUAACCUUGUGUUUUUUUUAUUUUUAUUGACAACCAAGAAAAAAAAAAGAAUUUAAAAAUAAACAAAAAAACAAACAACAAGACGAUGAUGCAACUGAUAAGCUCUUAUGUUUUUAUUUUUUAACAUUUGUACUGUUCUGUGUUUGUAAUACUGUGGUGCAUAGACACAGUGUGAUGCAUCUUCAUCCACAUGCCUUUUGUUAAACAUGUUUUUCACUUUUGUCACCCUGUGAUUGCAAAUGCAAUAAAGUAGACUCUUGCAGCCUAA